AGUAAGAAGGUCAGUGCUAGUAUUAUAUCAUAUUAAAUAAUAAACGAAUUAGUAAAUUUCAAAAUAUAUUAAUAUACACUUAGACUUCUCUAUUGUAACCAAACUAUCCUCAAAAAUGUCUGAUGAAACCGAUUUUAACAAAGCAAUUAAAAUUGAACCGUUUGAUGAUUAUCCUCAAGUGAAACAGGAAUUUGAUGUUACUGAAAAUACAUCAGACUUGUGUAUGGAUAACGAUGAUAUAUGUCUGCAGCAAUUUUUAAAAUCCGAGGUUACAAUUGACGAGGAAAUAAAACAAGAGACGAUUGCUGACCAAGAUGAUGUGACUAGUACAAACAAAACUGUAUUAGAUGAAAAUUCUUCCAUAUGUAAUGACAAGAUAAGUGAAUCAAGUACGAUAGUAGAUAGUACGAACAAAUCAAUGGAAAAAGUUUCAGGAAAGCGUAAGACAACUAGUAAGUUGAAAUAUAAAUGUAAAUCAUGCAGUAAAACAUUUGUAGCAAAACAAGGCUUAGACCGACAUGAAAUGAUCCAUACUGGAGAACGGCCUCAUGAGUGCAACAUAUGCAAUAAAAGAUUUUCACUGGCAGGUAAUUUAAGAGAGCAUUUAUCAGUGCAUAGUGAAGAACGACCUUAUGCAUGUGACAUAUGCAAUAAAAGAUACAAAACAAAACCUAAUUUAUAUCAACAUAAAAUUGUACAUACUGGAAAACGGCCGUAUGAGUGCAAAAUAUGCAAUAAAAGAUUUUUACAGUUAUCAAAACAAGGCUUACAACGACAUGAAAUGAUUCACACUGGAAAACGCCCUUAUAAGUGCAAAAUAUGUAAUAAAACAUUUUCACUGUUAAGUAAUUUAAAAAGACAUUUAUCAGUUCAUACUGGAGAACGGCCUCAUGAGUGCAAAAUAUGCAAUAAAAGAUUUUUACAGAAAAGUAAUUUAAGACAGCAUUUAUCAGUGCAUACUGAAGAACGACCUUACACAUGUGAAAUAUUGCAUACUGAAGAACGACCUUAUGAAUGUGAGACAUGCAAUAAAACAUUCAAAACAAAACAAACUUUAACUCAACAUGAAAUAGUACACACUGGAGAACGCUGUCAUGAGUGUAAUAUAUGCAAUAAAACAUUUUCACAGUUAAGUAGUUUAAAACAGCAUUUAUCAGUGCAUUCUGAAGAAUUCUUAUCCAUGUGA